CUGUGUGUGAAUGUCGCAGCGGCUUUUAUCGGGCAGCCGGUGAUGCCAACUCUUCUGCCUGCACAAGUGAGCUUCAUGUCUCCUCCGUCUGCUCCGGUUUCUCCAUCCUGGGAGUACGAAAGCGGCGAUGGGGGAGUGUCCUUAAGGUGGCGGCCUCCGGUGGACAUGGGGGGUCGCGGUGAAGUUUGGUAUGGGGUGGUGUGUCGCAUCUGCCCCUCGCCCACCUUCACAAACCCAGCGGCGUGCUCCUGGUGUGGAGAGGGCGUCACCUUCAGCCCAUCCCAGACCAACCUGAAACGCACCAAAGUCACCCUCAACAACCUCCUAACCAGAGUCACCUAUCUCAUACAGGUGCAAGCCAUGAAUGAAGUGUCAGCUUUGAGCCCUUUUCCAGCUCGAUACACAAGCAUCAAUUUCACCACCAGCCAGUCAGUUCCUAGUACAGUUCCCAUGAUGCACCAGCUGAGCCGUGCUCCAGACUCCAUCAUUCUUUCGUGGCCUCAGCCGGACCGGCCCAACGGAGACAUCCUGGAGUACCAACUCAGAUACUAUGACAAGGCAUGUGAGCACAUAAACACCUUUUCCCCAACACGGUUAUCAUAUCGAUGGAAAGGAAAUCAAUACAUACACAACAAGAGUCCCUUAAAGUGUUUGAUCUGUGUCCUUCAGGGCUCAGAUGUGGACAGUGCGCUCACUGUGUACAGUGAGACCAACACAGUGACCGUCAACUCUCUGAUUCCCGGUUCCAUCUACGCCUUCCAGAUCAGAGCUCGAAAUGAGAGAGGCUAUGGCCCCUAUAGCAACACCAUCUACUUCACAACUCUUCCUCUGGAGGAGCAUUCCCAGCAGAUCCAGAAUCGGCUUCCUCUGCUGGUGGGCUCAGUGAUGGGUGGAGCAGCGUUUCUCCUUGUUGUUGCGGCGAUUGUGGUUGUCGUUGUGUUUCGCAGCAAGAGGAGAGAGAGUCCUUACAGCGACAGACUUCAGAGGUACAUCAGUAACAGGGGUGGAGUGAAGUAUUAUGUGGACCCAUCCACAUAUGAGGACCCAAGUGAGGCGGUUAAGGAAUUUGCCCGUGAGAUAGACCCCUCUCACCUCAAGAUUGAGGAGGUGAUUGGUGCAGUUACACAACACUCCUCACACCAUCGGCUGUACUUACAUCUAACAGCUUUCUGUCCCUGUCUGCAGGUGAUGAAGGCAGUAGCAGACCAGUACCGCCUCCCCGCCCCCCACAGCUGCCCCCCCGCCCUCCACUCGCUGAUGCUUCAGUGCUGGCAGGCCGAACGGGGGGAGCGGCCGGGCUUCGACUCGCUCCUGUCUUCCUUGGAUCGUCUCAUCAGGCACCCUGCCUCCCUCAAGGCGGAGCCUACUCGAAGCUGCUCACAGCCACUGCUCAGCCCCACCCCCACAGACUUCUCGUCGGUGGCCACGGUCGGUGACUGGCUGAAGGCGCUGAGGAUGGAGAGAUAUCAGGACGAGUUUGAGCGAGCACACCUGGACACAUUAGACAGAGUUAGCACACUCACUAUGGAAGAUGUCCAGGACCUGGGCGUGAACCUGCUGGGACACCAGAGGAAGAUUGUCAGCGCAGCCCAGCAGCUCAGGAACCAUCUCAUGCAGGGACAGGUGGAGGUCUGACAUCCACCCGCGGUCCGAUCUGUGUGAUGGAUUUUUAACUAUUUUCACACUCCUCUGCUUGUUGCGUCUGGUUUCUGCAACACUUUCAUAUUCAAGGAGCACAUUUUAAGCUGAAACAGAGCUCUAGUCAGCAAACAGUGCCACUCGGUGUGAUCCAAUAAGAAUGACACUACCACCAGAAAGAGAGGAGGAAAAAAAGGCCGCUAGUCACUUACUCGAGACAUGUAACAGAAGAUGUGCACCAUGGGAGCCGCAGUCCAGGUAGAAGUGAGGUUAGAAAACGGCUGCAGAGGAAGAUUUCAAAGAUUUUGUUAUGUUGUUCUUCCCACUAUGUUUCACUUUAAUGUCAUUUGCCUUCCUCUGUCCUCACUGGUCUACAGAGCCAUGCGUCAGCCUCUCUUCUCUCUCGCUCUCCCUCCCUGACACUUUUCCGAUUUCUCCAUCCUCACUGAGUUCAAUUAAACUUUAAAAAGAAAAUAUUGUGCUGAAAUGCUCAUAGAGAUCUUUGCUCACAGAGAAUUGCGUGAAGACAAUCAAGGCCUUUUUCAAUUCUUUUUUACCUUAAAGUUUUAUCACGUCUUUACCGUGCAGCCUGUGCUGGUUCAGCUGGGAAUGAUUUCAUCUCAGAAAAUCAUGUAGUACAAUAUGUGUAGAGUUCCAAUCUAAAAUCGCUAUAAACCGCUUGUCCAGUGUCAGUAAAGCCACUUUUAGGUUGGACACAGGCCACUGCCAUGAAAUUGGAAAAUUUCAACAAAAAAUAUGCUGUUACACAAACUAAAAGCCAUGUUUUGUCUGUCAGUAAAAGGCAUAUCGAGGGUCCCAUUCGUCCAAAUCACUCUCAAUGCAGAGCUCCACAUUGAAUGUGGAGCUUGUACUGUAAAAUUUCACUUCAGCUGCAAACACAAACAUCCAUCUGUGACAGAAACAGAGGCCAAGAGCACCCACCUUUAUGUGUACAUUUCACACUUCACCUCUUUGUAUGAUUGCCUGAGUAAAGACACUGAGUCAUCGAAGCGCUGUGAAUGUGUGAAAUGGAAAAGAUGGACCAAAUCUGAUCUGAUUUACACGUGAAGGAAGGAGGCGAAAUGCUCUGUAAGUAUGUGCUCAUGUGUUAAUAACGUGUGUGCAUUGUACAUGACGCAGUGUGCGAGUGUGCGUAUUUGUGUGUUCGAGACGAGUGUGUCAGGCUACACACAUUACUAGCUGUUUACGUGCGUGAGUGUUCACUGCUAUUCUGUAAUUGUGGAAAUUUGUAAAAUAAAUAUGAUUUUAUUUAACA